GAGAAGUCAACAAAUAAACGUCGCCCCUCAAAAAGAAAAAAGAAAAAAAAGAAACAGUCUCUCUCUCUAGAUAUUUUUUUUUGGGAGAACGUUUUCUCUCUCUAGAUUUGAGCGUAGGGAUAAGGUAAAAUGGGGUUUUCACAUUCCACAAUUCUUUCUCUCUCUUUCUCCCGUCUCUCGUCAAAAUCUCGGUUCUUCUUUUGAUGUACAUUAGAGAGCACCACAAAGUUUCUUCUUCUUAACCUUCCACCGCCGCCGACGACGACGAACGUUCGUCCUCCCCUCCGACCGUUUCGCCGGGCGGUGAAGGUGAGAGAAGAAGAUUCUUUGAAUAUAUAUAUAUAUAUAUUUUAUUUUUCGAAUUUCCUCAAUUCUUUUCCUUUUCCUUUGUUUUUUUUUUUCCCUUUUAGAUAUCAAAUUUAAAACGUAGGAUUAUUCCUCCUUUUUAUUGUUUUUAUUUUUGGUGUACCUUCUAGAGGAAGAGGGGUUUCUCUAGAUAUGGAUGCGAUUUCUUCGUCAACGCAAUUGGUGGUGUCGGCUGGGGCGGCAGCUGAUGUAGCCGAGGGGGCACAAAACGGUGUCGUGAUGGGUAAAGAUAAGGAGGCGGCGGCGGCGGCGGUGGCUGCAGCCACCGCUCCGCUUCCUGCUUACCUGUCAAUGGUAGAUCCUUUUUUGGUGGAGGCGCUUCAGAAUCCUCGUCAUCGGCUCACAAUUCUGCGGAUGGAACUCGACAUACAGAAGUUCAUGCAGAACUCUGAUUUGCAGCAAUUUGAGUUUCCGCAUUUUCCAACUUCUUACCUUCGUCUGGCAGCACAUAGAGUUGCUCAGCACUAUGGUCUGCAGACCAUGGUAAAGGAUAAUGCAGUUGAUGGAAUGGGAAUUCGGAUUGUAGCCCGAAAACAAGCUGCAAGCAAGAUUCCUACUGUCUGUUUAUCUGAUGUACCAGCUAAACAACUUGAGAAUGACAAAAAUGAACAAGUUAAAAUUGUGAUUAGGUCUAGGCCCAACAGAGCAUCCUCAGAUGAGACUGGUGAAUCAGGUUUAAAACGUAAUUCUGUGAGAACGGUCGAAGAAAGGAAGGAAGAGUAUGACAGGGCACGUGCUCGCAUUUUUAGUGGUCCUGGGGGUUCGGAAUCUACACCUCAGGUGCCUCCCAGUGGUAAGAGUACAUGUUCGAGCUCGGAGGACAAUGAAACUUUGAAGAACUCCAUCUUGGAUUUAGACAGGAACUAUGGUAGUGUGGAGAACAGUGCAACCUCCAGGGUAGCCAUUUUAAGGGACCGGGAGAAGGAUAGAACAGAUCCAGAUUAUGAUCGAAGUUAUGUAAGGUAUGUCAAGUAUGCACCUAGCAAUCAAGUCUUCAACGUGGCCCCUUAUGUGCAAAAGUUCCAGCAUCCAUAUGUGCAAUAUGAUGCUGUUUUGCCUCAGUUAGGUCAGAUGCCUGGCACACAAGCUUCCCUAAACUACAGGAGCCCAGUGAUGAAUCCUUACUGUGCUGUUGGAUUAAAUCAAGCAUCGAGGGAUGCAGUAUACAUGCAAUGGCCCACUCAGUCUAUGAUGUAUGCACAAUCAUAUGGUCAACUUAGACAUGCUGUUUUUCAGGUAUACAUGCCGUUCUUCUAUGAUCUUUGACUUUUUUGUAAAAAAAAAUAUGAUUGUCUUGAAUAAGACUGUACGGAAUUUCAAAAAUCACUUCUAGAUUUGAAUUUAUGAGGUUUGGCUAUAAUCUGUGCUGUAUUAGUUUUUUCCCAUUCAUAUUUAUCCCUUCAAAUUCACUUCUUACAGUGCCCUUUUUUCCCAUGGUAAUGCCAUCUAAACCAAAGAGAAUAGGUUCUAGGUUAGAUUGCUGAUUGAGAUGAGCUGCCUGCUUAAUAAGCAACAUAUGUUUGGACAGGGCUGUUUUGACUACAAUAGAAUGAAUUUGAAAUUCAGAGUCACCCAUUAUGGCAACAUCUCCUUGUUUAGUCUUUGAUCUGCCUAUGAGAUUGAUUUUAUUUAUUUUGUAUGUCAUUAGUUUCAGUAAAUGAUGCUAUGAGUUCUUUCCUUAUUUCUUAUUCAAUACAGCAGGUUGAUAAUUUAAGUUAAACGAUUUUCUUCUUGGUUAUGUAUCUGUCAGAGGCUUUAUUCUGAAUAAAGAUUUGGUUAAGUCACACUGAUUGGCUGGUUAAAUGUUAAUUGGUACUAUAUUUUGUUGUGAGGGCUCAAGCAAAAUCACCCAAAGACGGGGGUGUGUUGGGGGUUGUUGGUUUGGGGCUGACAAUACUAUCUUAGAGCUAGGAAGGCAUCUUAGCAACUAGCCGUACCCACAGAUAAUUAUUGCAUUGUGUUGACAGAAUGUUUUAACAUGAUAUAUUUUGAGUUUCAUUUCUCUGGACAUCUGACUUGUAACUUCCUCUUUUUUCCUCGAUUUCUUGCAGGCUCCAUAUUGCCAGCAGCCUUUGAGUUUUGAUUACUCCCAGAAUUAUUCAUAGUAGAAAACUUUUAGAUGGGAUUUUCUUAAUUUACUCAUUUCUUAGGUUGAGUAAGACUGCAAACUUUGUAUUUGGAAUGAGAACUCUUCUUUGUUGUUGUCGAACACUAGUGCAAGGAUCUUAAAAUAUUGUAGAAGUUACUUUGGUAUAUGUUACUUUGGUAUAUGUUGUUUGUAGUAGAAGCAGAUAAGACUUUAUCCCUUUGCUAUUAAACUUCUUAAUAUUUAUCAUCUUGGGUAUAAAAUUUGAUUAAUAUUGUAUCAAAAAAUUUCACUUAUGACAUAGGUGGUGUGAUCUAGCUAGUUUCACUUAUGAGAUAGAAGAAAUUCGAGAGAAGGUAAGUCUUCUAAUAUAGCACCUGAUUAUUGUAUCAUUUGGAAC